AAUCGGGCGGAUUGUGUCGUGCUUAAAUGGCUCAGCAAGAACACGGGAGGAAAAAUCAGGAUAAAGUCUCAACCGUGCCGAAAUCAAACAACUGACUCAGGAACAGAACUCCCCCCGGCAAUAAAAAUAAUAUCACUUGAACGAGAGAGGGGGAGGGAGCCAAGUUUCAUCCAUACAUCUACAGACUGCAUCAUCCCACUCUGCCCCUCCCUUCUUCUUUCUUAGUUCUUUCCCUUCUCUUCUUCUUCUUCUUCUCCUUCUAGAUGAUCGACCAUCAUCUUUCCUCCCGUUGAAUUCCCCUCCUCAAUGGCGCUGUCCAUCUCCUACCACUUUGUCAAUCUCUCACCCUUUUCCUCUUCCCCAGAGAAGUCCUUCCCUGGCAAUGCCAGAUUGAAGUCGGAGCUCCUUCACCACCCGCUUCAUGGCACACCAUCCUUCCUAAAUGGGGGCUACAGCCUCUGGAGUGACCCACUUCUGCUUUUUUCCUGUGAUUUCAACAAGAAGGUCGGAGGCGGCCGCCUUGAUUGCCUGCAGAACGUGGUUUCUGCUGACUAUUACUCGACUCUGGGCGUCCCAAGGACAGCGACUAGCAAAGAGAUCAAGAGUGCCUAUAGGAAGUUGGCUCGGCAGUAUCACCCUGAUGUGAACAAGCAACCUGGUGCAACUGAAAAAUUUAAGGAGAUAAGCACUGCUUAUGAGGUGUUGUCAGAUGAUAAGAAGAGGGCUUUAUAUGAUCAAUAUGGUGAGGCUGGUGUGAAGAGUCCAAUUGGGAGUUCUGCUGGAGCAUAUGCAGCUAAUCCUUUUGAUCUAUUUGAGACAUUUUUUGGUGCAAGUAUGGGUGGAUUUUCUGGUAUGGAUCCAACUGGAUUCAGGACCAGUCAACGCACCACUGUUGUACGAGGUGAUGACCUACGAUAUGAUAUGUCAUUGAAGUUUUCAGAGGCCAUUUUUGGAGCAGACAAAGAGUUUGAGCUCUCUCACUUGGAGACUUGUGAUGCUUGCAAUGGUACUGGUGCGAAGAUAGGGUCAAAGAUGAGGGUCUGCUCUACUUGUGGUGGCAGGGGCCAAGUGAUGCGGACAGAGGAAACACCGUUUGGUCUUUUCUCACAAAUCUCUGUUUGCCCAACCUGUGGUGGAGACGGUCAAACUGUUUCAGAAUAUUGUCGAAAAUGUGCUGGCGAAGGGCGUGUCCGGACUAAGAAGGAUAUGAGGGUCAAGGUACCUCCUGGUGUCAGUCAAGGAAGUACACUAAGGGUACGUGGAGAAGGUGAUGCAGGACCAAGAGGGGGACCUCCUGGUGAUCUCUAUGUGUAUCUCAAUGUCGAGGAGAUUGAAGGGAUACAGAGGGACGGCAUAAACCUUUGCUCCACAGUCUCAAUAAGUUACCUUGAUGCCAUCCUGGGAGCAGUUGUGAAGGUAAAGACGGUUGACGGUGUCAAUGAACUUCAGAUUCCUCCUGGUACACAACCAGGCGAUGUGAUUGUUUUAUCAAAACGAGGGGUUCCAAAACUUAAUAAACCAUCCGUACGUGGUGACCACCUCUUCACCGUGAAAGUCACCCUACCAAAUCGCAUCAGUGGCAGGGAAAGGGAAUUGCUUGAGGAGAUUGCCAUGUUGAAGGAUACUCGCAGCCAAGCAAGGACUAGUCCUAUUAGCAAAAGUCAAAGUAACACAGGCAACAGGAUCAAAGGUCAGAAUGGGGACACUUCAAGAAAGCCUGAGCAUGAGGAAUCUGACGCCUCUGAUAAUCUCUGGAAAAAACUAAAAGAUUUUGCUGGAUCGGUAGCGAAUGGAGCGCUAACAUGGUUAAAGAACAAUCUCUAAUCCUGCAAUAGACAUUCCUGGCGUGCAGGCACUGAAACCUCUCCUUGGGCAUCUUUCUAGGCCACAAGUUUUUCUCAGUAGUGGCUUUGAAUAUGUUACUUAUCAAGUGUUUUAAGCCUCAAGCCCAGUUCUUUUUUUCAUCUUUGUUUCUCCUUGUAAGAGCAUCUUCCUAAAGCCCAUUCUUUAACAACUUAAUUUUUGUAUAUACUUCUGUAGCAACUGAAAUAAGGAGAUUUUGUUUAAUACUGAUGUAUAAGAUUGCCCUACUUGGGAAUAGAUUCAUCAAUGAAAAAUAAAUUUGUAGGAGUAUAA